AUGAGAACCCUCUCCUUCUUCUUCUUCUUCUUCAUCUCCUCUCAAGUUUUCGCUUCCGCCAAGUCCGUUAACCGUUUAGGCGGAUGGAAGACCAUCGUGGACACUCAAGAUCCCAACGUGCAGAAGGUGGCCAAGUUUGCGGUGUCAGAGUACGCAAAGCAGCAGGGCCAGAGCUUCGAGCUCGUCGAUGUAGUCGCUGCGCAGCGACAAGUGGUGGCGGGGUUCAAUUACCGGUUACUCCUCGAGGCUAAAACCUCGACCGGAAAGGUCUCCAAGUACGGAGUGCUGGUGGAUGAGUCACUGAAGGGCGACUUGAAGCUCGUUGCAUUCGAACCCGUUCGGCCUUCUGCCUCCGCCAAUGACUUUUCUACUCACAAGACAAAUGAAGGAAGAUGGGAGACGAUCAUAAACCUGCAGGACCCCGAGGUGAGAAAGGUCGCAGAGUUCGCAGUGUCGGAGUACGGAAAGCAACAGGGAGCGAGCUUCGAGCUCGUCGACAUCUUCGCCGCACGGCGAAACGUGGUGGCCGGAUUAAUCAAGUACCAGCUCGUCCUGGACGUUAGGACCCCGAGCAAAAGCGUUUCCAGGUUCGGAGUGUUGGUGAAUGAGUCAUCGAAGGGUGAUUUGGUCCUCGUUUCAUUUGAAAAAACUAAUUAA